AUGGUCAAAACGCGCAAAGCCACCGCUUCUAAUCAAACACGAAAACAAAGAACUUCUUUGAAUCAAAAAUCAAAGAGAAAAAGAGACCAAGAUAGUGAGUCGGACGUUGAGCCGCAGUCUGCUCGUAAGCGCAGGAAAUCGGGCAUCCCCCAGCGUAGUUCACGGUCGCAUGCUCAAGUCGAGUAUCCAGACCAAGACAGCGAAGAUACUGAAAAAGAAAGUUCAGAAGACUCAGACAAACAAGAAAACACUGUCUUAAAGAGAGGCUGGUAUCUUGUUCGUGCAGUCAUUGAUGAACGGUUUGAGAGCUCAGACGGCGAAACUAAACACGAGUACCUUGUCGAUUGGGUACCAGGCUCUCAAGAAACAUAUCAGCCAACCUGGGAAUUGGCCGAGAACUUGAAUGCAGACGCAUUGAAAGAUUGGGAGAAGAAAAAGGACAAGCGGGAGCGCCAGAAGCUACGACGUGAAGCCGAGCGCCAAAAUACAAGGACCCGACGAGGGCUUCGGAGCCUCACACCUCGUACUGCUUCAGCUGAGCCAGCUGCGUUUAAUGCGAGACAACAGCUUGAGACUUUUAAUUCAUCACUUCAAAACCGCUCUCGGUCCAACUCUAUUAACCAAGGCGUGCGAACAAGAAACCGCCGCAGACUUGAGCAAGAAUCCGCCUUCUCAGAGGAGUCAGUGCCAUCAAUCGUUUCAGCGUCAUCUGUUGAUAUCGAAGCUGUAAGGUCGCUCGAAUCUCCUGCUCGACCUAUUCGAAAUUUCGCCAUUGUGUUGCGUAAGCCUGACAACUUUGACCCUUCUGAGUACCAAAGCGUUCACAGUGGCUCUCAAAGAAUCUCAGAUCUUGAAGACGAUGAUCAACGUCUAGUGUUCACAUCACAGCUGAGCCAAGACACUAUCCCUGAUUCUCAAGAUCUAUCUGGUCGUUGGGAUCCUAGAAACCUCGGGAGUCAAGCUGGUGUACAGGGACCAGAUACGCCUGGAAUUCCUGCCGAUCAACUAUCAGUAGCUGAGAGCCAUCUUGAGCAAGGUGAUCAAGGGAAAAGCACUCGCAGUCCAGAGAUUCACAACCCUGUUCAAGCCAUAGCCGACCGGAAAACCGAAAUACCUCAAUCCGUCGAUCGUUCAGCAGAACUCGACUCAUCAUCCCCAGAACCUAGCCAAAGAGAGGCCUGCUUUGAGGACGGGCAGUUAUACUACGGUAACGGAGGUGACACUGGCGUUGACAACCACUCUGACGACGAAAAUCGGGAGACCGACGGUAACCAGACCGAACAGGAUUUCGAAGUUGAUGACAGUGAGAUAGAAGAUUCUAUUCGCAACCAACUACUCGAAGACAACCAAAAUUUUCACCGCAACGAUACUGCCAACUCUGGAGCUACCCAAGAACCCUCUAACUGUACUGACUCUUACGUCCCUCCAGAUCAACAGAGUCAGUCACAACAACCUGAUAUUGAUUCCUCUUUCCAGCCCUCUCAUCAGGGUCACUUCGAUACGUUCAGUACCAAACCUUCUCAGAGACCGGGUCCCCCCUCAGAAGAAACUACACGGCUUGAAGCACAACUGUCCUCAAGUAACGACGUCUCUCGCAUUAUCCCAGACUCGCAGUAUUCAAACUUGACUGCAGAGUUGAAUCCCAACGUGCCCCAGAGUCUGAACAAGGCCCAGAUCACCCCUUUUGCUUCUCAAGCCGAGCUUGUCCCAGACUCGGCAACAACUGGUUCAGACAUCCCCUCUCAUCAACCAAAUCAGUCACGCCUACCUUCACUGGUAAGGGGAGACGCAUUUGACAGUUUCCCACCAACUGAUCAUCGAGCACCAACAUCCUUAAUUCAAGAAUUCUCUACUCCCAACAAUACCCAGAAUACACAGGUAUUUUUUACCCAACCCCAAGGAAUACACGACUCUCCUGUUAUCUCGAGCUCUCUGUCAAGGCUCGAAACUAGCCAGGGUGUGCAGGCUUCAUUGGUUUCGGGUUCUUCAUCAAAAUCGACUGGCGUACCCGGAGACUUCAACGAACUGCAGGCAGCUCAUUCACAGUCCCAGAAUUCCGAAUUUCAACCCCAGAGAGACGCCAAUAGUCAAGAACUCAGAUCUACCAGCGAUUAUCAAUUUGCCCAGCACAAACCAGGGAUUAAUUACAGUACAGAAAGACGAUCUGAACAGCCGUCUGAAACGCAUAGUGCAUCUCAGUCACCUCUAGGAACUCGAAAGAUGGAGCGCUCGUAUUCUCAGCCACGGAGCCUAGCAGCCGAUGAGCUCAAAAGCUUUGUUGAUUUUGGUACUGAUUCAGUAUUAGAUCAAGCCGGUGAUGGAGAAAGCCUAGAUGCGACAUCUUACGGAGUCUCAAAUGAGCAAGAGCCCAUACUCAGUGCCAGCACAGCUGGUCUUGAUAUUGCUGUCAGUUCUUCUGAAGCUAUCAUACAAUCGCAACCAGUCUAUUCAGUCGACCCUUGGAAACCAGAAGCUUUGGGAACUACACCAGAGGCCCCUGCGCCUUCAAUCUCGCCGGCAUCCAUUAUGGCAAACCCUCAUCGAUCAGCAGUACCCGACAGUAUGAGAGAGAUGAUCGAUCGAGCGUACAGCAAUUCAAGGGAAUCCAUCGCCCGUUCUCUCAUGAGCCAGGAACCUCAUGAUAGAACGCCAUCCAAUACUAUCUCUCCAGCAGCCAUAAGCAGGGUCGUUGAUCCUCUAGAGACGACUCACACCUUAAACUUGAUAAACAGGGGCACAAUACCCUCUGAGAUAGAUAGCCCUGGUCCCUCGAUCACGAUGGGUCAGAUUCCCGAUGAACAAGAAUCUGAUAUCUCAUCCCAGUCGUCUCAGCCAGAAGUUGGUCAUACACAACAUGUCAUCACUCUUCCAAUGCAGGCAAGUAAGCGGCCGUAUUAUGGACAGAUAAUAAAAGAUUACAAAGUCGAGAUCGAGGCUUUCAGCGCUCCGUUCACUGGCGAACCUGGCGAACAGCCUAGCAGGUUUCUUGUGCAAAAGAUCCGCGAUCUUUUUGACAGGCUGUUCGACAUUUGCGAUUAUCCGCCUAAUGUUGUGGGAACGGCGCUUGAGUCGGAGCCCAGCGCUGAUAUUGCAAAAUUCUGCUGUGAUUCCAAUCCCAAAUUUAGUUUCUUGUUCGAGCUCAUGACUGCUCUGGAUGAAAAGGAAAAGGAGAUUCUAAUCGUGAUUCGCAAUCAAGAACUCAUGCGGCUUGUUUUCGCCCUUACUGAAGUUGCGGAGAUCGAAUGCUCGGCUGAGGGCAUCAAUCGACGCACCAACUUUCCGUCAGCUACAAGGAUCACUCUUGCUCUAUGGAAUGAGGAUUUCAAUCCUUUCAAUUUCGACGUUGUUAUCGGAUUUGACUAUCGUUAUAUUCGUUCAGGGAUUGCGAUGCAAUUAGCAUCUGGUACAGGCCGGAAGUCACCGGUAGUACUUUUGAUGGUGACGACCUAUUCCGCUGAGCACGUCAGCUUGCACAGCUUGGACGAUGCGUCUGAGCUCGAGCAAACGAACGCAAUGCUUGCGUGGACCGUCCAUGCAGGGUGCUAUCUCGAAGACCCUGAACGUGGCUACGGCGAACCGCAUGAAAUUGCUGAAAUAUUCGCGGGUUACCUGAAUGGCAUCAAUGGUACAUUGAACUGGGAGCCUCAGGGAAUACCACGCGAUGUCUUUAAUAUUUUCGAGGCCCCUAUGUCCCAAAACCAACUUCUCUUUGCAGUGAACCAGUUGCAUGGGAAUGGCCAUAAGCGAAAGUUUAGCGACGGCGAGGCUGCUGAUGCCAAACGAACGCGAACACUUCCUCUUCGAGACCCACCAGUCGGUUCCAACAACCCUCCUAUGCCUCUUGCAACACGGCGAUGGCUUGACGGUGCAUUGCUUCGAGGAGAGGCCAGCAAUAGAGAGGCGACUAUUUCUGUGCGCGUGGUAGUCCUGGACUCACUCAGGGAACAGGCGGACGAGUACGAGCGCAAGGUCUCAUUAGCGAAUGAAGUCGAGAUUGAACUAAAGACCCAAAUUAACCGUCUUGACAAGGAAAUCAAGGACUAUCAGAAGGCAACAACUAAGAUUGAGUGGUCAAAUCGUGCCGCUAUUCAAGAUCGAACAGUCUUUGAAAAGGAAAAGUCUAAAGCCGAGGCGGCUUUGCAAGCUGCCAAAGCAGCUAAGCAGAAAGAGGACGAGAAGUACAAGCAGAAGAUAGUCGAGCUCGAAUCUACGAUCAGUCGUCUAAGAGAGACACCCGGAGCUGCCGAAAGGGAAGACGCACUGGCUGCAGCGCAAAAAAAGAUACGGACCACGGAAGAAAAGCUAAAGGUCGCCUUGGCAGAUGUAGAUUUCAUGAGAAGUCGGUAUCAGGAUGUCGAUUCUACAGCAACCCGGUUGUCUAACGAGGUCAAUGCAUUGAAGGUACUGAAUAAAGAUCUGGAGCAGAAAGCUUCAGAGAACCUGUUGGCUAUCCAUGUACAGCAGGCUUCUGGGGAAAGGCAGGCUAUGCAGCAGCAGAUUGCGAACCUACAAGCCCAACUCCAGCAAAGGGACGCAGAACUGAUUGCAGCGCACCAGAAACUUAAUAGUUUUGUGAAUGGGCGGAACACACGAGGAGGCAGCAUGCCUCGCAGCCCCCGCGUUCCAAGUGGAGUGAGUCCACGGCCCAGUCGGGUGUAUCCUGGUUCUGCUAGUAGAGGAACAAGUCCUUCCGGGCCUGGUACACAGUUCAUGAGCCAACAGGCUCAAAAUACCAGGUGGAACUCUCUUCAAUGA